AUGGCGGAUCGCAAUAGGCAAGCUCGCGGCGGAGGUAGGCGAAACCCCAACCAGAGGGAUAUUCAACAGAAUCCUCGCCGGAACAACGAAGCAGACCCCAAUCAGCCGGUCAGACAGAACAGAAACGGUGCCGGAAAUCCCAACCGGGGGGAUAUUGUUCAAGAUGCAAACAUCAAUCUGGCGCUCGGGGAGAUAUUCUUUUCCCAGGACUCUAUUAGCGCUGAGUUUAGUAAUAAGGAGGGAAAUGUCUAUGAGUUGAUCAACAAACUCAAAAAUCUUUCCUUCGAUGCACGAAUUGCGAUGAUCAAGGAUGAAAUUCCACCUCUUGAGGUCGUCUGGUUAAAUUCAACUGCCUUUCCUGAACCAAAUGCAAGAGGGAGGAACCUUGAGAGGAACCAGCUAAGAACAAAUGAAUUUCAGCAUUGGUUAGAAACCGCUACGGAGCCACACCAAGCUCGCUACCCGACUGUGAUCCAAGAUCGGAAUUUUGAAAGUGCGCAUCGUUAUGUCAGCCUGGACAACCGCAGGUUGUAUGCCUUCAAGGCCGUCCUGCAUCCCUGGCGGAUGAUCCCGGUCAGAAGAGUCGAAACCAAAGAUGCAAGGAUCCAGCAGAAAUUACACAAUAAUCUGACCAGCUAUGAUUUGGGCAAAUCUCUAUUUGUCCGAGAAAAUAGCCGCCCAGAAAGGUAG